AUGACACACGACACAAUUAUAAUGAGUACCCUGAUAAAUGAGUAUGGUUCAAUAUUCUCUAGUGAGAGAAUAGACCACUAUCCGCUGGAAUACGAAGAUUUAAAAAAGUAUUUAACGGAAAAUGCGAUUGAAGAUGAGAAUAUGAGGCUUAUAGUUGACGUUGAUGACUCGUACUUGUCAGGAGAGGGUGCUGGAGAUGGCGAGGAGUUUGAUAUCCAAAAUAAGUUAUACUUGGAGUACGCAAACUAUAGAUCAGGUCCAGCUGUUCAAAGACAGUUUUUGGACGUAAUAACGGAAAGGCAGGAGCAGGAGCUACUAGUAGGGAUGGUGGACGUAUUGAAAGAAAAGGUAAACAUAUACUCCCGCCACAUACAGGAGCUUAAGGACACUAUUGCGCACCAGAAGCAUGAAAACCCAGCAGAACAUGACCAUCGCCUUGACGAGUUGUUAUCUUAUAUGCUUUCUGCAAUGAUAAAAGGAGGGGUUGACUUUCACUCUCAAGUGGAAACCCGGGAUACACUAGAACUGUGUAGAAAGGGGAUUGACAUCUUAUUGGAACGGUGUCUUGCCGAAAAGAGAAAAUCAAAUGCUCAGUUACGCAAUAGUAGCUGGACUGAUAUUAAUGGAGCCCCAGAAGCGGAGCUGAAAACCGCUUUAGAAGACUUGCAGCUGGCGCAUAGAUUCCUCACGGAGAGGUACAGAGCAGACCGGAAACAAUCCAUGAAGCAAAUAGAGUACCUAUCAAAGGUCAACAAGGACCUUCAACAAGAGCUGCUGUCCUACCAUUCUAGGUUUUGCCAAGCACGCGACCAGAUACAAGCUUUUGACGUAACACCUCCCUCUACUAUUUCCACACAUAACACCCCACCUAGCGAAGAUCUUCAGAAAUCGCCUCGCUCAGUCCAAAGUAAUCUGAGUGUCCAAACUUCUACAUCGGCAUCCUUCCAAGUAAUGAAAAAGGAGUUCAAGAAGAUGCUUAAUGAAACCCAGUAUAGGUACGAAAUGGAAUUAAAGCAGGAAAGAGAAUUGCGCAGGAAGUUGGAAGAACAGAUCUCCAGCGGUUUGUAA